CUGCCUGGCCCCGGCGGCCGUCCAGCGGGGGGCGGAGCGAGCCCAAAAUGGCGGCUCUCAGGCUGGCGCGCUCCGUGCUGCUGGCGCUUUGAGGCGGUCGCCGGGGCUCGGGGGGCACGAUUUCCCCGCCGCGGGGGCCCUAGAGGAUGACUCGAGGGCUGUGCUAAGGUUAGGCGGUGCGGGUGGAGACAGUGGCAGCGAGGGCUGCGGUGGAGUCCACGGAGCGGGAUGUGCGAGAGUUACUCCAGGUCGUUGUUGAGGGUCUCGGUGGCGCAGAUCUGCCAGGCGCUGGGCUGGGACUCGGUGCAGCUGAGCGCCUGCCACCUCCUCACGGACGUGCUGCAGCGCUACCUGCAGCAGUUGGGACGGGGCUGCCACCGGUACUCUGAGCUGUAUGGCCGAACAGACCCAAUUUUGGAUGAUGUUGGUGAAGCUUUCCAGCUUAUGGGGGUUAGUCUUCAUGAAUUAGAAGACUAUAUUCACAAUAUUGAACCUGUGACUUUCCCACAUCAGAUUCCUUCAUUUCCUGUUAGUAAGAACAAUGUCCUUCAAUUUCCUCAACCUGGAAGUAAAGAUGCAGAGGAAAGAAAAGAAUACAUUCCUGAUUACAUGCCACCCAUUGUGUCUUCACAAGAAGAAGAAGAAGAAGAGCAGGUGCCCACUGAUGGUGGUACGUCAGCAGAAGCCAUGCAAGUUCCCUUGGAGGAGGAUGAUGAAUUGGAAGAGGAGGAAAUUAUUAAUGAUGAGAAUUUCUUGGGUAAGAGACCGUUGGAUAGUCCCGAAGCUGAAGAAAUGCCUGCCAUCAAGCGACCACGGCUAUUAAGCACUAAAGGGGACACGCUGGAUGUAGUAGUAUUGGAAGCUCGAGAACCCCUCAGCUCAAUAAAUACCCAAAAGAUUCCGCCAAUGCUUUCUCCAGUCCAUGUACAGGACAAUACAGACCUAGCACCACCAUCACCAGAGCCACCAAUGUUGGCUCCAGUUGCAAAAUCACAAAUGCCAAUCACAAAACCAUUAGAAACAAAGUCAUUUACACCUAAAACAAAGACUAAAAGUAGUUCCCCAGGACAGAAGACUAAAUCGCCUAAAACUACCCAGUCACCAGCAAUGGUCGGAAGUCCUAUUCGGUCACCAAAAACUAUAUCCAAAGAGAAGAAAUCUCCCGGACGCUCUAAGAGCCCCAAGAGCCCCAAGAGUCCCAAGGUUAUGACUCAUAUUCCCCAAGCACCUGUCAGACCCGAAACACCAAAUAGGACUCCUUCAGCUACGAUAAGUGAAAAACUCAAUAAAGAGACCAUUCAGGUAAAACAAAUACAGACCCCUCCAGAUGCUGGGAAACUCAACAAUGAGAAUCAGCCGAAGAAGGCCAUCGUGACAGAUAAGACGAUCGAUGACUCUAUCAAUGCCGUGAUUGCACGGGCUUGUGCUGAACGAGAGCCAGACCCUUUCGAGUUUUCUUCUGGAUCGGAAUCAGAAGGAGACCUCUUUACCAGCCCUAAGAGAAUUUCAGGUUCAGAAUGUACUACUCCAAAAGCCUCCACGUCCUCCAACAAUUUCACUAAGUCAGGAUCCACUCCUCUGCCUCUUUCGGGUGGAACUUCAAGUUCCGACAACUCAUGGACAAUGGACGCGUCCAUUGAUGAGGUCGUGCGUAAAGCAAAAAUGGGAGCCCCUCCAGCCAUGCCUCCCGGCUUUCCCUACAUCUCUUCUCCUUCGGUGUCUCCUCCCACCCCCGAACCUCUGCACAAGGUGUACGAGGAAAAAACCAAACUGCCCUCAUCCGUGGAAGUCAAAAAGAAGUUGAAAAAGGAACUGAAGACCAAAAUGAAGAAGAAGGAGAAGCAGAGAGAUAAGGAAAGGGAAAGGGACAAAAGCAAGGAGAAGAGUAAAGAAAAAGACAAAGUGAAAGAAAAAGAGAAGGAGAAGGAGAGCACCAAGGAAACCAAGUACCCCUGGAGGGAAUUUCUUAAAGAUGAAGAGCCAGAUCCCUAUAAGUUUAAAAUAAAAGAAUUUGAGGAUGUUGAUCCAAAAGUGAGGUUGAAAGACGGCAUGGUGAGAAAGGAGAGAGAGAAGCAUAAAGAUAAGAAGAAAGACCGAGACAAAGGCAGAAGGGAUAAAGAGAAGAGAGAGCGGGAGAAGGCUAAGGAGAAGGGGCGGGAGGAGAGGCCCCGAGUGGCACCGGCGCCCCUGGUGCUGCCCCCGAAGGACGCGCCGCUGCCCCUGUUCAGCCCCACCGCUGCCGCCAGGGUCCCCGCCACCCUGCCCGCCUUGUCCUCAGUGCUCCCUGACAAACUGUUUGAAGACAAGGAGAAGCCCAAGGAGAAGGAAAGGAAAAAGGACAAAAAGGAAAAGAAGAAAAAGAAAGAGAAGGAGAAGGAGAAGAAAGACAAGGAGAGGGAGAGAGAGAAGAGGGAGAGAGAGAAGAGAGAAAAGGAGAAGGAGAAGCACAGGCAUGAAAAAAUAAAAGUGGAGCCAAUUGUUCCAGCCCCAAGUCCAGUCAUCCCCCGAUUGACUCUCAGAGUUGGUGCUGGCCAAGACAAGAUUGUCAUCAGCAAAGUGGUCCCAGCCCCUGAAGCUAAACCAGCCCCUUCUCUGAGUAGACCCAAGACCCCGCCGCCUGCAGCAGCCCCUACCCCUGUCCCUAUGCACAUCGCCCCUGCCCCGGUGCCUUCACCACUCCUCACGCAGUCUGCCACGGCCCCAGCUUUGAUGCCGGCCCCAUCCCCAGCCAUCUCUGGAGCCGGAACCUCCAAAGCCCCGGUCCGAAGUGUGGUCACGGAGACCGUCAGCACUUACGUGAUCCGAGAUGAAUGGGGGAAUCAGAUCUGGAUCUGUCCUGGAUGCAACAAGCCCGACGACGGGAGUCCCAUGAUCGGCUGUGACGACUGUGACGACUGGUAUCACUGGCCAUGUGUCGGAAUAAUGGCUGCACCACCAGAAGAGAUGCAGUGGUUCUGCCCCAAGUGUGCCAACAAGAAGAAGGACAAAAAGCACAAAAAGCGAAAGCACCGGGCCCACUGACACGUCCCGCGGCGUGGCCUCAGAGGGGAGUUGGUGCAGGUCUGGCGGCCCGUCCACCGCCCAGUUCCCUGCGGAGAGCAAACCUCGGGUGACUGGGGACAAGAACGCUGCGGCCACCCUGGAUUGUGCCCCGGGACCACCCGGCAGUGUGACUGCAGAGAGACUCGAGUCAAGGCGUGGCCCAGGACCGCCACGCCCCACUUUUCUAUUACCAUUGACAAGUAUUAUUAAUAAAAAGACCGUAAUCUUCCCUUCUGAUUUUCUUUAUUCUCUCCAGGGCCUUUUCGUUAAGGUAUUAGAUGAGAAGAUAUGUGUCAGCUGCCUCGACUGUAACUCCUGGACGUCAAUAGUCUGUACAGUUUGCCACCUCUUCCCCUCUCUAGUAAGAUAAUCAUAACGACAGAAGAGAACACUCCACUUGGAGUGCCGGUAAAUAUUUUUGUGAUGAAAAUAUAUGAAGCUUCCCUGCCCCCGCCCCCCAUUUUUAGUACUAACAUGUAAAAUGUUCAGGCCUUUGUGAAAUACCUUCUAUUUUUUAAGAAAAAGGUUUCUAUCAUGUCCUGUUUGCUUUUUGCGCAGAUUAUUUUUGUUGACUCGCACGUGUUUUCUACGUUCGUGGCCAUCGUCCCCAUGCCCUUCUCUAAACUGCUGGCGUUCUCACUUGCUUCUACAUUUCAUCGACUUGUACAAAAACUCUCCUGACUAGCAGAUCUCCCCCCUAAUGUAAAUAAUAAAUAUUUAUGAAGUAGUUAUUUUUUAAA